AUGAUUAUGCCGAUCACACUAAGUGGCAUAAAUCUGAAAACGAAAGUGGAGGAACUGAAGCGAGAAGCCGCGGGAAGAUGGAAUUUGUCUAAGAAUUCAUUAGAAUUUAUUUAUUGUGGACUUAUACUUGAAGAUGAUGCAACAGUAGAAUCUAUAGGAUUGAAAAAUGGAUCGAUGGUGCAUGCACUGAAGAAGAAGGAACCAGAAUCAGCAGCGCCAAUUAGAUAUAUAUCAGAAGACUCUAUCUUACAAUUAGCAUCAGCAUUUAAGUCUUUCAAUGAGAUGCCUACAUUUAGAAGCGCUCUGCAUCGUUUAAGUAAAAGACCGGAGGUGAUAGACAAUAUUAUAUCUUCCUCUCCUGGAUUGCAUGAAGAUUCUGUCGCUAUAGCUAUGCUACAGGAUCCAGAUUUAAUGGCACAUUUCACAGAUGUUGAUACUGUCAAAAGAAUCGCACAGUUGCAUCCGGUAUUGAUCGAGGCGGCGCAGAAUAUCGCAGCUGCUGUGCACGAGGAAGCACAAAACACAGCCUCCAGCGGCUCCUCCAGCAGUUCGGUAUCCAGUUUGCAACCUACGACCGCUCGUUCUUACAGCGUGGAUAACAUGAGCCUCGAAGAGGAAAUGGCACGUGACAUCGCACACUUUUUCGCUACGCAUCCUGUAAACGACAACAACUUGCGCUUCCCCAAUAUAUCAGCGGCCGCCAAUUCGCAGACAUCACAACGGCCAGACAAUCCGCUAUCCUCCACAUCCGGUAUCGUCAAUCAAUCCCUGACUGGCAAUCAGAGUACUGGCGUGAUUACAUCUCAAAUGUUUAUGGAAGCGAUGAGACAAGCCGCGAUCGCGACCAAUCCAAAUUCGCAGCAGACAACCGCAUCUCCGGUGGCUCCUUUGCCACCGAUGUCAUUUUCACCGCCGGUCACCGACUUGCAGCGGCAGUUGGCGCAAAUGCACGAGAUGGGUCUCCAAGAUGAUACGGUAAACAUUCAGGCAUUACAGUUUACCAACGGUGAUGUGCAAGCGGCGAUUGAACUCGUAUUUAGCGGUUUCAAUGAUAAUUAA